AUGGCUUUCACCACAAUAAAUUUUGUUCAAGUAGGCGAUGAGGUAGAAGUGUGCAGCAAGCAAGAUGGGUUUCACGGUUCGUAUUAUGAAGCAACUGUAAUUGAAAACUUGGGGGACAAGUAUAAGGUGAAGUACAAGAACCUGGUGGAGGAGGAUGAUAUAUCCACCGCUCUGGAAGAGAUUGCGGCGGUGGACGAGGUUCGGCCUGUGUGCCCUAAAGUUUGGCCUGACUUUUUUCCCGGCGAGAGGGUUGAUGCGUUCGCCAACGACGGUUGGUGGGCAGGCAUCAUUACUAAGAAGAGUGGAGACUACUGGUUUGUCUACUUUCCAAGCACUUUUGAGCAUAUAGCUUACCCUAAGAACCAUAUCAGGCUUCAUCUCGAGAGCCGCCGCAACGGAUGGGUUUCUCGCGAUGGACGGGUCUUCUCUUGCGAGGGAAAGCCGCUGUCUUGCAAGAAGAGACUGCGCAUUGUGAUGGGAGGAUCAUCAUCGACAUCUGUUAAAGCUCGACUUGUUUAA